UAAGCUGAAGGGCACAUUUACGAAUUUGAGUUGCGUUUAAUUGCAGCCUGGAUGAACUCAAAUCAAAUCUAAAAUGGUCUUGAUUUGACCGCUUCUGCAAAACUUGACUAACUAUCGAGGUGACGCGCCAAUCAUUUUACAACAGUUUGACCUUGAAGUGCUCAGCGACCUCCAUCAGUGGACGAGACCCCUGAAGCGUUGCCCCUCACAUCAAUCCUCAAAUGGAUCUAGCAUAUCUUGACGACAAGGAUGAAUGUAAUGACAUCGCUAUUGGUAUCGAUAUUUCAGAGGAUUACAGUCAAACAAACAAUGUCUCUGGUGAUUCACUCAUUAAAAUGAGAGCACAAUGGACUGAAGAAUUAAAGCAAGUCGAAGAUGAAAUUCAAACACUGCGACAAGUCUUAUUAUCUAAAUUUCGUCGGCAGCAGUUUUUAAAGCGCCAGCUUGGUAUAACACCAAUUGAAGAACUAAAAAGUGAGGUUAAACAAGGUCUAGAUACUUUGCGAACCAGUGAUGCAUAUCUUAAAACAUCAGCUGUUGUAAAAACUGCUAAGGAUAAGACAUCAGCUGCAUUAUUUGAGAAAUGGAAUUUAUUACGACAAACUAAUACAUACAAAUCCUUGGAGAAUAAAGUGGGUUCAGCGUGUCUCAAUGUUUACGGCAAAUUGACGCGUUCUAAAACAUUAUCAAGUGGUACUGAACAAAUCAGUAAUUCUGAAAACACUACUAAUACUACUUUUGCAACAGCAGAAAUCACAACGAAAUCGUGUAAUUUAAGGACAAAUAAUAAUAAUUCAGUUCCUCAAUCAGUAUCAGUUAUAUCAUCAUUAUCAACGUCGUCUUCGUUCAAUCCCAAUGAUUCGAAUGGUAAUAAUUACGAUGAGAAUAAUAUCGAAAUAAAUGAAAAUGAUUCUAUACAUUUUGAUCAAUUACUCAACGACGAUAUAUUAUUACAUUCAAAUAGAAUAGAUAAUAAGAAAUAAUUAUAAAGACCAUAAAUCUUAACUAUUUCACAAUAUCCAUUAUAUAUUCAGUUUUGUAUUGCUAUGUUAUUCAACUUAAUUUUGUGAUAAAUGUACAUCUUGUUUUUAGGAUUAAUACAACAUAUCAAUUUUUCUUUUUUUUCGGGGGGGGGGGAGUAUUUGUAACGCUAACUGUGAUCCCGUUAUCGUUUUUCUUCAUUCAGUUCUACAUACACUAAAUUGUUUUUUUUUUAUUAUCUAAAUAGUUUAUCUGUAUUAAUAACGUUUUUGUGUUUAUCAUAUUUAUAAAUAUCAAUCAUCUUAUAUUCUUGACAUUUUGUGGUAUUUGUGCUCUUCUGUUGUCUUAUACCAAUUAAAAACCAAAGUUAUAGGACAGUGGAUAUUAUCAUCGACCCAUAGUCUCUUUCUCACAAUAAGCGUUACCAUACUUCUAAUGUAAAUACGCGUUUUUUUUCGGAGUUUUUUACUGCUCAGUGAAUUUUAAGAAUUUUUCCGGCUUCUAUGACAACUUUUAUUGCCAUGUUGUGUUUGUGAAUCUUUAUAGACUGAAGUGGCUAAGGCAUGUGUUACGUAUAUUUACUUACCCUUUACCUCGACGGGUAAUGUUUACUUGUAUGGAAGUACGUUGAAAAUAAGCAAGGUUAUCAGUCCAUAAAGUCAUUGGCUGUUUUUCUGAAUCAUGUUAAUAAAUGCAGAUUACUUGGUUCUGAUCUUCGCAAUAACUGCAGUCAGUGGCUGUAGAGUUAACGUGACAUUGAUUAGUAUGUCGUUUUCACGAUUCACCAUUCAUGUAUGUCCUUACACUCUGUCUUUUCGGACUCUGUUCUUAAUGCUUAGUCUUGUGUUAUCACUGGCACUACAUUAUUCCAACCAUUCUUACUAUACAUUAUGUAAAUUAUUCGUGCUGAUGUAGUAUUUCA